AUCCUCCAACUCCGGUACCGCGAAGUCCCGCCUUCCCAAUGAGAUGCCGCUCCGACUGCGACCCCUAAAAGCCCUCCUCCAGACUCGCACCCUGUGCCUCCCUCUCCACCCUCGCAUCUCCAAUUUCCACACCUCCCAAGCACACUCCCAACCAAGGAUCUACGAUUCGUACGCAACUCUCCAGCCUUAUCCCAUUCCCUUCGCCCUAAACUAACAGAUCCCAGUGUCCGCUCAACUGGCGCCUUCCACACCCUGCUUCUAGCACACACUGCCUCAUCCACACCGCUAAUCACCUACUGGACAACAAGCUACUGCCCGGCCUGCCGCGUCGUGAAGCCGCUCCUAUGGCGUGCGGUAGAGAGCUCAAACGGAAAGAUAGGCCUGGUAGAAGUGGAACUGGAUGCGCCGGGUGAUAUACGGGAGUUGGGGUUGCGAUAUAGUGCACGUUUCACCUUCCCCUCCCCACCCUCCCCAUUCCGCGAGACUAAUGUGAAUGGGGGUGGGAAUAGAUCCGCAAAGUGCCAACGGUAAUGGUUUUUGUGCGAGGGGAGAGUGUGGGUGAGUGGAGGGCUGAGGGUGGGGAUGAGAGGAUGAAAGGCAAGGUCUUGGAGAGGUUUGUGGAGGAGGUUGGAAGGGAGGGGAGUAAUAAGGGGUGGGGUAGUGGUGGUGGAGGGUUUUGGGGAAGUCUAUUUGGUUAAGUGCUUGGAUAUCCGAAAGAGAGAAAGAUGGGUAUUCUAGAUCUUAGAGUGUCGAGUCUAUGAAUGUUGUCCUGCUCCCGGGGACAGAUUCUCUCAGCGAUAAUGAGGAUAUGCCCCACGGGGAACCCUGCUCGCAGGCACCGGAUAGCACAUUCCCCACAAAAAUGCCGCGUGUGUCCCUUCCUAAAUCUUCAAACCGAACAAUUAAAGUUCGCAAAGCCCAUCGGAAACCGGGGUUGAGAGGCUUUCAUGCUAGGAUACCGCUUCAUGAGAUAUCUAAAAUUCUACAA